CCCAUAAAAUCAUUCAUUUCCUCGUGCUCACCCAGACAGAUCCCUCCUUACAUAAACAAAUCCUUAAAUUUUGCAAUUUCUUUCAAAAACAUCCUCAAAAAAACCAGCUUCAUCGGAGAAAUUCAACGUCAGGCGAGUUCCCCAGGAAAGUUCUUAAAUUUACCAUGUGAUUAGGUUUUUUAAGGGCAGGGUUACGUUUUUGUUUUCUCUUGGGGUGGUUAGGGCAUAAAAAAAUGAAGGGGAGCCGAUCGCACCGGCUCCAGACCCACCACCAGAAUGACCCGCAUGAGGACUGGGUGGAUGGGUCAUGGACAGUAGAUUGUGUGUGUGGUGUAAACUUUGAUGAUGGAGAGGAAAUGGUGAAUUGUGAUGAUUGUGGCGUGUGGGUACACACGCGAUGUUCAAAGUAUGUUAAGGGGGAAGAAUUGUUUACUUGUGAUAAAUGUAAGAGGAGGAAGAAGGGGGGUAAAAGUAGUAAUAAUGAUGAUAGUGAUGAGACUGAGGUUGCGCAGUUAUUAGUCGAAUUGACGACGAAAACGGUUAGUUUAGAGAAUGGUGGUGAUGGUGGUGGGGGGAAUGUGUGUCACCCGAGGAAAGGGUUGAGGUUGUGGACUGAGAUUCCGAUGGAGGAAAGAGUUCACGUGCAGGGGAUUCCGGGUGGGGAUCCUGCUUUGUUUAGUGGGUUUUCGAAGGUUUUCACGCCAGAGUUGUGGAAGUGUGCUGGAUAUGUUCCGAAGAAAUUUAGUUUUCAGUACAGGGAGUUUCCGUGUUGGGAUGAGAAGGAGAGGAAGGUGGAGAACAGGAGGAGUGAGGAGGAGAAUGAGAAUAUGGUUGAUAAGGGUGCAGGGGUUUUGUUUUCUUUGUCGAAGGAGAGCGUGUUUGGGAUGCCGGUGGCAGAGUUAGGUGGCAUGAGAGAGAGGGAUGAGGGUGGUGGUUGUGAAAGGAAGGUGUAUUCGAGAGAGAUGAAGAAGUGGGAGGGUGAGGAUGGAGAAGUUGGGGGUGCUAAUUUUGCAGUGCGAAGGGAGAGAAGUGCACUCAAGCCGGUUGUUGCAAAUCCAGGUAAGCGGGGGAAAGAAGAUCUUGGGAUGUCCAUAGAUUGGAGUGUAAAGAAGAAGGCUCGAACUGCAGAGAAGGAGAUGGAGGCAAAGAAGAGGAUUUUUCAUGCUUUUAAAUCAGCAUUUACAUCCACCAGUGAUGCAAAACCGUUGGAGUUUUAUGAAGACAGAGCUCUGAAGUCCUUCAAGAGUGAACUUCAAAGUAAUAAGAACAAGAAUUUAAAGGACUCUGAUAUUCAAGAACAGAAGUCAGAUAGUUAUAUAGCAGUAGAAAAUGGUGUUGAGAAGCUCAAGAAUAACUUGGCAGUGGUUGAGCUGCCCUUGGAAGCACUGUCACCUGACAUAUCUAGACCUGAUUCUUCAACUGGAUCUGGAUUGAAGGAAGAGAAGUCUAGCCAUGAAGUUCUGGUUGCAGUUGAGAGUUCUCCCAAAGAGUUUAAUGUAUCUUGUGGGAGAAUGCCUGUAAAACAAGAGGGCAAUAACAUUCUAAGUGGAAAUUUAGAUGAUAAAUUGGAGGGUUCCACUGGAAGAGAUGUGCCUGCAGUUGGAGACCCAGCUAGGGCUUCACCAGAAGUUAAAGGCAAUCAGAUUAAUGGUAACAGUGAUGCAAUUCCAAGUUUUGCACAACCUAGUGUUCAAGUAGAAGUGGAUGAUGACAACUCUAAGGGGGUCUUGAAUUGUCAGUCUCCUCAUGGUGAUGCAAAAGAUGCAAGGAUAUCUUAUGAAAACAUAUCUGAAAAUUCAAAAAUGAAUGAUGCAACAUUAGGUGGUUCAUCAAAUGACCAUAAGGUUCAAGAGGUUGACAGAAAUAUGGAAGCAGUCCCUCUUUGUCACAUGGAUAAAGCUAAUGAGUUAUCUGAUGAUCCUUGUCAGCAUAAACGAGAAUUGGAAAGAUCUGAAGGCUCAAUGGAAAUGCAACAAUGUCCUCCAGAACCCAAAAAUGGUACAGAGGCUGCUGAAGAACUGUCAAAAUCAGGUGAAACUAUCUCAAGCACUCCAGCACUACUCAAUCACCGUAAAAUGGUUGUUUGUGUUGGAAAGUCAUCUUCUACUUCAUCCACUGUGAUGAACUCCAAAAUGCCUGCCUCUGGCAAUUUUAGAUCUCCAGAUACUUUGAAUUUUAGUUCUAACACUAAGCAGCAAGUUAUACCUGACAGCAGUACUAGCAUUAAGAAAGAUCGAGCUACAAGUGAGAUAGUGAAAGACGGAGAAAGGCUUGACUUGUCAACAAAAACAGUAAAAGAGUGUCCAAAAUCCUCUAUGAAUUCUGCUUCAAAAUUGUUGCACUCAAGCAAGAGUUCGCAUACAUCUGUUCCUAAGAGAACCAAUUCAGAUUCCAAAGAUUCCAUGCAUUACUCGUCCCCUAAAGCAUCUUUGGCACAGAAUUCUGGUGAUACUGUUGGAUCACUGCAAAUUGAGACAGCUUCACUUGCACAAAAUAAGGCAACAGUAUCAGGAUUACCCCUAAGAGCUGAAAAGCUUAAUCAGUCUAAUGGCCAGUCAUGUUCUAAGACAAGUCAUGCAUUGUCAACGAAUCCUUCCGUUCCUAUCAAUUCUCCUGCAGCUUUAAGUGAUGAAGAGCUUGCUUUGCUUUUACAUCAAGAACUCAAUAGCUCUCCUAGAGUACCUCGUGUUCCACGUGUUCGCCAUGCUGGUGGUUUACCACAUUCAGCUUCUCCAACUGCAACAAGUGCGCUGAUGAAGCGUGCAUCUAGUUCUGGAGCGAAAGAUCAUAGCUCGGCUUCUAGAAGAAAAGGUAAGGAUACAUCAAAAGAUGGGUUUCGCCGUAAUCAGGAGCCUGAUGAAGAGGCUAAGAAGACUGACAGACCAUCUUCUUCUGAUCAGAGGAGGCAAGAUACAGGAUAUAAAGCUGACUCAGUGUCGAAGAGAGGGGAUAAUGGAUCUCCGACAGCAGUACAUUCUGUCAAGAACAAUAUCCCUCCUGCCUCCACCUCAACUGCUAACAGUGGCCCAUCUUCCUCUACGGAGGUUAAUGACCAUCAUUUAUCAUCUAGACGUAAUUCACCCAGGAAUAUUUCUGAUGAGGAGACAGGCACUGUUCGGGCUCCUGUUCAUCGCACUCUACCAGGGUUAAUCAACGAGAUCAUGAGUAAAGGCAGGCGCAUGACAUAUGUGGAGCUCUGUAAUGCUGUUUUACCGCACUGGCAUAACUUGAGGAAGCAUAAUGGAGAACGCUAUGCAUAUUCAAGUCCAUCUCAGGCCGUUCUUGAUUGCCUGAGGAAUCGACAAGAAUGGGCUCAAUUGGUGGAUCGUGGUCCCAAGCUGUACUUCCUAAUUAUCAAUCAAAUCUGGCUUUUGAUCAUUCUGUACCAGACAAAUUCAAGUAGAAAACGGCGCAAGUUUGAUCCUGAUGAAUCAGAAGAUAAUGACUAUGGCGAGGUAAGAACUACCAAAGGAGGAGAAAGCAAAAGGCUUGAGUCACAAAGAGAAGAGGUUCCCAAGGGCAAGCGAAAAGCAAGGAAACGAAGGCGACUGGCACUGCAAGGAAGAGGUAUAAAGGAUGUCAGGAAACGGCAGAAGGCAGACAUGCUCACUGAUGAUGAUAGUGGCCUAUUUUCUAAUUCAAGUAACGAGACAUUGUUUAGCGAGGACGAGAGUCAAGACAAUGGAGCAGGCGUGACUGGAAGUGAGGCCACAGCUAGUUCAGAUGAUACAGAAACCUCAUAGCAGUGACUCCUUACAGCAGCUGCUUCUUGGUUUCAGCCAAGUCCUGCGUCCACCACAUGGGGUUAAUAUUGUGCAGCUACCACAUCACAUGGGGUUAAUAUUGUGCAGCUACCACAUCGCAUUUAGUUUUGGAGGAUGCCUCGGAAUCCUUUUGUAAUUUUGUGAAUGGAUAUGUGUCCGCGACCUUACUGAGUUACAUUUGGUCAUUAAUUUUCCUGGCCACCAAUUUGCAGGUGCAAGAUGAAAGCUGGAGCCAAACUUGUAAUGCUAGUGUACAUAUGAAUUGUUGUAGCUUUUGUAGCAAUAUGUUAUAAGAGGCCAUCUUUUAUGUAGAGGCGUAGCAGCCAUUGUAUUAGAGUAGAUUCUGCAAAAUUUAGAAAAGAAGCAGCUCGUUUGUAAGCUUCUUUAGAAUCAGCAGGUUUACUUAGGUGCAAAGAAUCCCUUGGAUUCCAUGUAUCAAAAACCACAAGUAACGUGGAGAUUUGCUUCAUUUGCGAAGCUGCGAAUCAUUUUGUUCUUGAUGUGAA